AGUUGCAUGAAAACUGACAACUCAUUUCAACCCACAUAGAAAUUAAUAAUUCUAUAAGACGGAGAAUGAAAAAUGAUAUUAAAGAAUAGUAGACCAAAAAUAACCUCGGGGACUCUGUAAAAAAUCCGAAAUUUCAAAUUUUUUGAACACACAACUAUUGUUCACGACAUGAAGUUUAAUACAAUCUCGACGUUUCCAUCAGGAUAACAAUUAUGAGCAAGUCGUCUAAAUCGCAAAGCCAAUCGAAAGCUUCAUCAAGUGACGGAGCUGUGUGCCCGCCAACGGCUUGCUCCACCAGUCUCCUCACCGCCGAACAGCUCACCGAUCCUCCACAAAUCCCGACGGCCUUGUCCAACUCGGUCAACACUGCGAUUGGUGGAACUCCAUCCGACUUUGAGUCGAACUCCGGGCUAUCUGACACCUCGGCAGGAUCGGGCCGCGCCAACUCGGCCGUUUCCGAGACGACCACAGCAAUGUCGGCGACGUCUCCGGAGAUUAUUAUGAAUGAUCUUCGAAAAGGAAGCCUGUUUGGCCGACAGAAAGGGAGUCUGGCUACCACGGAUGGAGGGCCCCAGAGUGUUACUAUCAUUACUUUCUCGAACAAUGUGAGUACGGCGGCUGUGGCCAGCAGUUUCGAAUUUUUCCAGACUAACAUGUCAACUGCUUCCCAGCCCACCAGCCUCGAUGACAAAUCCCAAAAGUCGCAGAAAACUGGAUCAAUGAAGACUGGAAUUCCGAUGAGAUCGCCUGGAUCUUCCAUGGCUGGCAAAGGUGCGAUGUCUCGUAAAAAGUCGCCGAAAAAGCAGAUGGAUGCUCUGAAGAAAGAGCAAGUGCCGGCUGCUCCGGAUUUCUCAAAAAAAUCCAAAAAAUCUAAGAAAUCGAAGAAGUCGAAAAAGGCCAGAGUUGCGAGAAAACCCAGAAUGCCCAAGAGUUCUGUAGAUUCUACCAGCUCUUCAGACGAAUCAGGAAAAUCGGCAAAAUCUGCGAAAUCUACAAAAAUGGCCAAGAAAUUGGUUUGUCCGGCUCCUCCUAUGAAUGCGGACUUCUCGAAAAAGUCGACAAAAUCUGGAAAAUCUGCGAAAAUCGCGAAGAAAGUUGCUGCUCCGGUGGCUCCAGCAGUGGAUGGAGACUUUUCCAAAAAGUCGAAAAAAUCAGUGGCCAAAAAGUCCGAGGCACCGCCGGCUUUUGGACAAUCUGGAGUUGUGAAGAAGGGGGACAAGCAAAAGCAGAACGAUAGUGUAUACUUCCCAGGUGUCAAUAACCCUUCUACUGCCAAGUUCGGAAAAUCAGCUAGCUGUAAGCCUGGUCAAGCCUCGACCUACAAUUUCCCGGGUGCCGGAAAAUGCGCCCGUCGUAUGGAUGAGGUGGCUCCACCGACUCCAAAAUUGAAUGCAGGCGACGCAAGCCACUGUGUCUACAAUGUUGCUCAACUUCCACCGGCUCAGCGACGCAUGCCACCUCCGAUUGCUACUGGAGCUCCAAAGUCGCUUUUCGGGACUCGUAAGGCCAAGACAGCUCCGAAUCCGGUUCCAGCUCCUCAUGUCAUGAGCAACACUGUUGCUCCGACUGCUCCAAAUGCUUCAACCAGAAACAAGAUCGUCGUCUUUGGCACCACGCCUGAUGGAAAGUCAACGAUCCAAAUGACAAUCGACAUGAAGGUGGUGGCCGGGGAAAUGCUCAAAGGCUCGGAUCAGCCGGUGGACUUGGUCCCCAAGAAGGUCGUGGUUGCCGGACAGGAAAUCACAGUUGAUUCCAAGUCGAAGAACGAAAAAAAUGAAAUGCCCCUUUGA